AUGGCGAAGACAAAAAAGAGAUUGCAAAUCAUUCUUGAUUCGUUCACCGGUUACUCAGAAAAAAAACUGACCGGACUCGGUUUUACUUUUGUGCCCCAAUUAAUUAGCAUUGACGAUAAAACUUACCAAGACGGUCGCGAUAUCACGCUUAAGCAAGUGCUCCAACAAAUUAGUCAAGCCAAAAAAGUCCACACGUCGCAAGUACCCCAAGUUUUGCUAGAGGAAACUUUUGCCGAACUAGCCAAAAAAUUUGAACACGUGAUUUACAUCCCGAUUAACAGCGGAAUCUCAUCGACUUACCAAAGCGCGAUGCAAGUCGCUCAGAGCAUGCCCAACGUUCACAUCGCCCACGUGAGACUGGUGUCAACGGCGCUAGUUGACACGGCUAAUCGCGCCGUCAGUGAUUACGAAAAGUACCGUGACAUUAAGAAAACGUUAAACCUAAUCGAGACAAUUAGCCACGCCAGUCACUGUUACUUUGCACCGAAAAACUUAGAAGGCUUUAUUCGGGGCGGUCGGCUAAAGGGGACUAAGAAGUUUAUUCUCCAAAAAACCGGUCUUAUUCCGCGCUUAGUCUUGCGCGAUGAAGGCAUCAAAGUCAACGGCGUUAAGCGCAGUUUAGCCAAAAAUGUUUUUUCAAGUGUGGAAAGAAUCGUCCACGCGAUCGGUCAGUCGCGCGUGCAAGACUACUACUGGGAAAUUGUUCACACCUUUGACCAAGACACGAUCAAAAUCGCCCGUCAGGCGCUGGAAGCAAUCGGAGUUAAUAAACCACUUGAGACACCAGCGGCUUCGAUCAUAGCGGCUCACACGGGCAUCGGAGCGAUUGGCAUUAACGUUUGA